AUGUGGACAGGACUCCGCCUGGGCUUGUUCGGCUAUAGGGCGUCUGUGAAAGGAGCAGGCUGUCCUUGUAAGAAGCGUGAGUUCACUGGCGUGGCGUCCGACCAUUCCCUGCCCUUAGUGUCCUUCUAUGAUUUGAAUCCCCACUCCUGAUCCCUGGAGAUGUUAUUUCACCAAGUGAGGGCCAUUAAAUGCAAGGAGGAAGAAAUGUUUGACAGCGUCCUGGAUGCAGUGGGGACCUUCGGCACGUUCCAGCGGAGGCUUGUGGCUCUCACCUUCGUCCCCAACAUCUUGUCGUCCUUCUUCAUGUUUGCGGACUCCUUCCUGUUCAUGGCCCAGGAAGCCUACUGCAACACCACCUGGAUCCUGGCAGCAGGUCCCAACCUGUCAGUGGCUGAGCAAAUGAACUUGACCUUGCCCCGGCAACCCAGUGGCGCCUUCAUGACAUGUUUCAUGUACUUGCCUGUGGAUUUGGACCUACAGUCCAUCAUCCAGUUCGGCCUCAACCACACAGACUUCUGUCAUAAUGGAUGGAUCUAUCCUAAGUCCAAGAAGCGGUUGGUGACAGAUGAGUUCGACCUGGUGUGUGGCAUGGAAAUGGACCCGGAAUUUAUGCUGACAGUGUACACAGCAGGUGUCCUGAUUGGAUCCAUUAUCUUUGGGUUCAUCUGUGACAAGCUAGGCCGCUACCGUGCCAUCCUGCUGUCACUACUGGGACUGAUCAUCUUUGGCUUCGGAACUGCCUUUGUGAACACUCUGGAAGGCUAUUUGUUUUUCCGCUUCUGUCUCUCGCAGUCGGCGACAGGCUAUGUCAUCAGCAGCAUGGCAUUAGUCACUGAGUGGCUGUCGAGUGAGCACCGUGCCCGCAUCAUCAUCCUGUCACACUGCUACUUUGCCGUGGGGAUCCUGUUCCUGACGGGGCUCGCCUACAGCCUUCCCCACUGGCGGCUGCUGUUUCUGGUGGGCGGAGCACCCCUGUUCUCUGUCAUCCCCUACAUCUGGAUUCUCCCAGAAUCCCCACGGUGGCUGAUGGUGAGAGGGAAGAUGGAAGAGGCCAAGCGGGUGUUGCUCUAUGCAGCUUCCGUGAACAAAAGAGUAAUUCCUUUAAGUCUGCUGAGCAAGCUGCAGCUGUCUCCAAAGAAGGCGUCUUCAGCCUCCUUCCUGGACUUCUACAGCCACCGGCAACUCCGCAGAGUCAUCAUCGUAAUAGGCUGCAUGUGGUUCACCAUCAGUAGCUGCUAUUUAACGCUGCUCUUCAUAGUGAAGGACUUUACGAUGAGCCCCUAUGUCAAACAGAUAAUCCCCACCCUCCUCAAAGUGCCCGGCCGGCUGUGCUGCAUGCUUCUCCUGGAGUCCAUUGGGAGGAAGUGGGCCCUGGCUGUGACGCUCCUGCAAGGCUCAUUCCUAUGUUUGCUUCUCCUUCUACUUCCCCCAGAGUUCAACUUCCUGGCGAUCCCGGUAAUUCUGCUGGGAGAGCUCUGCCUGAUCGGCUCCAUCACCUUGCUUUUGGUUUAUACGGUGGAGCUCCUGCCCACCGUCCUCAGGGCGACAGGUAUGGGGCUGAUGUCUCUGGCUUUUGUGGUUGGAGCCAUCACGUCCCUGCUGGUCCUGCUCUUCGGCAACCAGUCCUCCGCCCUGCCCAUCUCCUUCUCCUGCGUCUCCGCUUUCCUCGCCUUGUUCCUUUGCUUGCUGCUGCCUGAAAAGCAAGAGCAGCCUGAGGCCAGCAGCUCCCUGGAAGACCGGUCGUCACGUUUAAGGGGAGAAAUGAACCAGGACGUAGUGCUGUUCAAGGACCGAACUGAAGUCUCAGGUGAGGAGGAUUCUUCGUCCGAUGAUGUGAGUGAGGAGGCGGCGAGGAACGCCAUUCUCAACUCCAUGAUUCAGGGGAUGGAUUCGGACCCUUUUCUCAUGCCUCUGUACUACAGAAGAAGGAAUAUGUCUCAGGUUCGGAUCGACUGA